AUGGCACAGGCGGCAGCCGGGAGCGGCGCGGGGCGCAGCGCCGGGGGCGGCGGGCAUGGGCCACGGCGCGCGCACACACUCGCCCUCCGCCUCGCCCGCACCCCCAGGAAGGCGGCGAGGGCGGAGGCGGCGGCGGCAGAGGAGGAGAAGGAGGAGGUCGCGGCUGCCGGCGCCGCUGGAGCCGCCGCCUCAGCUGCUGCAGCGAGCGCCGCUGGAGGAGCGGGGCCGGGGCCGGGGCCGGGGCCGGAGUCCGGGCUGGAGUCGGAGCCGCUGCUCGAGCGCGAGCCGAGGCCCGGGCCGCCCGCGCCGCCGCCGCUGUCCCGGCGGGAGCCCUCGCCGGGGCUCGGGAGUGCAGGGAGCGGGGUGAGCCGAGCCGGACACGGGGCGAGGCUGCUGGCGGCGAUCAGGGCGCGCGGGUGUCGGGGGGCCAGGUCCAGGGCCGGACGCAGCCAGCCAUUCAGGAAGGCAGUGCUGGAGAGCGGGAGGCAGCCGGCGAGGAAGAUCACACACUUUGCUCUUUUUGUUGUGCCGGUGGCGCCGGGCUCUCGCUGCCUUCUUCUUUCGGGAGGUGACGGAAGGGGGAGAAAAAUACGGGAUAAUUCACGCCGGCGACGAAUUCACAGCGAAACAGAAAAAAAAAAAAUAAUCAGAAGAAAAUAAUUGAAAAAAAAGGAAAAAGAAAAAGCGAGAGAGACAUCCAAAGUAGGUCGAAUAAAUAAUCCUCUUCCUCUUUCUUGCUCCUUCUUCUGCUUCUUCUGCUAUAACACACAGAGCUAGUUAAAAAACCCUGGAGAUCGCCCAAAAAUGUUCUUUUUUUAG